AUCUUCCAUUUAUUCAUGUUAUCUUUUGUUGUGUUCUUAUGCAGGCUUGCUGAUUGUAAACUCGCUGAUACGUCUUGUGAGAUUGUGGCUUCAGUCCUACGGUCACCAAACUCCCUGCAACAGCUGGACUUGAGUGACAAUGACCUUGGGGAUUUUGGAGUUCAGCUUCUCUCUAAGGGACUGUCCAGUUCCAACUGCACAGUACAAACAUUAAGGCUCUCUGAUUGUCUCAUCUCAGAGAAGGGCUGUGGUUUUCUGGUUUCAACCCCCUUUCCCUCUCAUCUAAAAGAACUGGAUCUCAACUACAAUUAUCCUGGAGAAUCAGGAAUGAAGCUGUUAUCUGCUAGACUGGAGGAUCCUGUCUGUAAACUGGAGAUACUGAGAACUGACCACGCUUCUUUAGACAGAGCACGACCACGUUUGCUGAAAUAUGCCUGUGAUCUCACACUGGACCCAAACACAGCAAACAGAUUUCUCUCUCUCUCUGAGGGGAAUAGAAAGGUGACACGUGUGGAUAAGCAGCAGCCGUAUCCUGAACACCCAGAGAGAUUUGACUCCACAUACUAUCCUCAGGUGUUGUGUAGAGAGGGUCUGACUGGACGCUGCUACUGGGAGGCUGAGUGGAGUGAUGAUGGUGGAGCUCGUAUAUCUGUGGCCUAUAAAAGCAUCGAGAGGAAAGGGGGGGUCAGUGCUGACGUCAUAAUGGGACAGAAUGCCAAGUCCUGGAGUCUGGAGUGCUACUCUGAUCACAGUUACUAUGUCCUGCACAAUAAUAAACGCACUGACAUACCUGCCCCCUCCUCCCGCUCCAGAACAGUAGGAGUUUACCUGGACUGGCCGUCCGGCACUCUGUCCUUCUACAGCGUCUCCACUGACACACUCACCCACCUGCACACGUUCCACUCCACAUUCACUGAGCCCCUCUAUCCAGGGUUUGGGUCGUGGUAUUAUGACUCCUCAGUGUCCCUGCGCAAGAUCACAUGAGCUCCUCCUCCAACAGGUACAUCCACCCUUUUCUCCCUCUCUCUCUCUCUCUCUCUCUCUCUCU